CAGCUCUCAUCACCCUUUCAAAAGUUCAUACCAUCAGUUCACGGUACUGGGUACCAGUUCAACUGAGCUUGUAUCUCGGUCAAGUGGCGAGGCUAGAUGCUGACCGCUGAUCUUUGUUGGGGCCAAUUCGAGCUGACGUCGUCGUGAGAAUUGAAAGAAGUACCUUCAGAUUCGCAACAUGAGCUCGACUAACUCUCAAACCAUACUCAACCACUAUGGCUUGCAUGAUUAAUUUUCAUUUGCGAAACUCCGCAACAGAUUUGGAGGAAGUAUCGCAUCCUUCUCACGGUGCCUGGUAUAAGACCCUCGCACAGCUGCGGGACAUGGGCCUGGACAUUCCAGGUACUCCGACCCGCGAUCAUACCCAGAAGAUCGCAGAGUACAGCUACUGCUGCAUGGACCAGGAGAAUCCUCGAAAGGUCAUUUAUCUAUACCCACAAUGUCCGGAUGUGAAAUUCCAGCGCAUCCAGGCCGAGUGUGUGUCGGAGACCUCGACACUGAACCGACUACUAUCGCCACUAUUGGAAUCCCCUAUCUCGAGAGAAUCUAUUUUUAGAAUCACUGAUGGCAUCGGACUGAUUUAUCCGGGCGCAGACUCUGGUCCUAAGUGUCUGGAAUUCAUGACCUUUCACAACCCCAAGCGUCCGAUGAUGCUGUACCCGUUUCUCGAGCCCCACUGGCCUGGAGGGUCAUGCGAGGGCCUGGCACACGUCCCAGUGAGAUCAUUCUCUACCAAAACUAUGGAGUCGCCCAAAGGAGAAAAGAUCCUGUUUUGCUUCAUCGAGUGGAAGAGCCUUGAGGAUCGUGCAGCUUUAUAUGCGGAUCCGUCUUUGAGAAAGCAGAUGAAGACCGCUAAUGCUGCACACAGAGCACCUGUUAUUCAAGCACUGGGCAAGAAAGAAGAGGACUUGACGUGGGAGGAGGAGCUUCAGGUCUUUUUUGAGAGCACCGGGGCGACCGAUAUUCAGCGUCAGUCUCUGACCGGAGUCUGGGUGAAUGAGGCUUAUUUGGGCUUGGAGAAGGAUAAAACUAGAAAACGAGGAUCAUGUGUGAUUCAGUGA